AUGCGCGCCCUCAUAUUUAUCUUCAUGGCGACAUCAGUUACAGCGAUUGGAGGUAAAACUCCGAAGGAUUCUGAUCCAAUUAUUAUUGUUGGAGGGGGCUUGGCUGGUCUUUCAGCUACAAUUGAAGCCUUGGAACAUGGCGCGGAUAAGGUUUAUUUAGUCGAUAAGGAGAAGGAUCUCGGUGGAAACAGCGCGAAAGCAACCAGUGGUAAGUAAUAUUAUAAAAAAAGAAAAUUAUUUGUUUUACUUUAGGCAUUAAUGGUUGUAACACGGAAACUCAAAGAACUCUAGGAAUCGAGGACAACUGUGAUAAGUUCUACACGGAUACCGUAAACGCUGGGGACAGAGAAAACGACGCCAACUUGGUCGAUGUUUUGGUAGCGUUACUGUAUUUUGUUUUAUUUACUUUUCAGGUUCGAAACUCCGAGGAUGCAGUCGAAUUUUUAAUUGGAAAGGGUGUCGAUCUCUCGGCAAUCAAUCUUUGUGGGGGUCAUUCUGUCCCCAGAACCCAUUGGUAAGUUUUAUAUGACUCGUUUUUGUAAAGAAAUGAUUUUGAAUAUUGUUUUAGGCUCCCAUCGCCCAAAGAAGGCAAGCCUCUUCCAGUGGGCGUCGCCAUUAUCAGAGCAUUGAAAAAAUAUGUCCAUGGGUACAAAGAACAACAUCCAGAGAAGCUGGAGAUCCUCACUGAGACCCAUGUUCUUGGAUUGGUCACCUGGAAUGAGUACAUCACUGGGAUCAGAUAUAAAACUGCGGCAAAUGAAAACAUCACCGAACUGAAUGGAAAGGCCGUCAUCUUGACUACUGGUGGCUUCAGUGCGGAUAGAACUGACACCUCUCUCCUCUCUCAGUAUGGUCCUAAACUGUCUCCUUUGCCCACCACAAAUGGCGCUUUCGCCACUGGCGACGGAGUGAAGAUGGCCAGUGCAAUGGGAGCAGCGUUGGUGGGAAUGGACCGAAUCCAGGUUCAUCCAACUGCAUUUGUUGAUCCUAAGGCCCCAGAUGCCCAGACUAAAUUUUUGGCAGCGGAAGCGCUGAGAGGGAAAGGAGCUCUGUUGGUAAGUGUUAUGUAAGGUUGAUUGAUGGUAAAGAAGAAGAUACGAUUUAAUUUUUGAAUUUCAGGUCAAUGAGAAAGGCGCCAGAUUUGCUGACGAACUCGGCCGUCGCGAUUAUCUAACCAGAAAAAUCAACGAGAAUUGUGCCAAAGAUGAGGGGGCAAAACUUCCAGUCGCUUUUAUGGUACUCAACGAUGAAGCCGCAGAUGGCUUUGGAAGACCGGCUUUUAAUUUCUAUGCAAAGAUCAAGGGAUUCUUCAAGGUAUAAAGGAAACGAAUUUAACAGUGGAUGUACUGUUAAAUAUAGAAUUUAAAGGUGUUAUUUUUUGCUAUUUUAGGAGUUCAAAAAUGCUGACGAAACGAAGGAAAUCUUUGAUGUGGAAACUUUUAAGAAGACGAUCAGCGAACACAACGAGAACUUCGAGAAGUCUAGUAGCAAUAAAAACUUUAAGGAUUCUUUUGGAAAGCAUGUGUUCCCAGUUAAAUUUGAUUUGGACAAACCGUUUUAUGUGGCCAAGGUCACCCCGGCCAUUCAUUACACAAUGGGAGGACUGAAGAUCGAUAGAAAUGUAAAGUUUUUGUGUUUGGUUACGAAUUGUAUGAUGUCGAAUGCAUUCUAAUAUGAUUACUUUUCAGGCCUUUGUCUUCAGUGAGUUUAUGGAGAAGCCUUUCAAGGGUCUUCUGGCAGCUGGUGAGGCUUCUGGAGGAGUCCAUGGAGGGAAUCGAUUGGCCGGAAAUUCCCUUUUGGAAUGUGUUGUCUUCGGUCGAAUUGCUGGCCAAUCCGCGGCCAGAAUCACCUACUCCGGUCAUCAGGAGUUGUAG